AAUCGAAAGGACAAAUUCUGUCGUUGGCGCAAAAAUUUUCGAGGCAAUGUUCUUCUAACGUAAAUCCUAAUUCUCCCUUAGAUUUCUUGAUUUCUUCUUCCCAAUUCUUUCUUUCUUUUGUUUUCUGCGUUUCGAUUUUUGAGGAAGAUAUGUGGGAACCGAUUUGCUUAACUUUAGCCGCCGCGGCCGGCAACAAUAUUGGCAAAAUACUUCAGAAGAAGGGCACCGUCAUUCUUCCUCCUCUCUCUUUCAAGCUCAAGGUGAUAAGGGCUUACGCUUUUAACAAAACGUGGAUCAUUGGUUUUCUGAUGGAUAUAUUUGGAGCCGUUUUAAUGUUGAGAGCGCUAUCCCUCGCCCCUGUUUCUAUAAUUCAACCAGUUUCUGGGUGUGGACUCGCCAUCCUCUCUAUAUUUUCACAUUUUUAUCUGAAGGAAAUUAUGAAUGUUGUUGAUUGGAUGGGGAUUAUGCUUGCUGGUAUUGGCACCAUAGGUAAUGUUUGGCCAUGCCUUGUAUGCCAAGUUUUUAUUAAUAUUCAUCUUCCUUGCACACAUUUGCAAUUUACUUGGCUAUUUUCGCCAUUUCUAGGGGUUGGUGCUGGAGGCGAGGAGCAAAAAGCCUCUGCAAUAUCAGUUUUUCAUUUGCCAUGGCUAGCAUUCAUCAUGACCAUCUUGUUUGUUCUUCUAAAUGGCUGGCUUCAUUUCUACAAACGUCAAAGGAGAGAACAAGAGUUGAUGGAAUUCGAAGUUGUUGAAGAAAUAAUAUAUGGCUUGGAAUCUGGCAUUUUGUUCGGGAUGGCGUCUGUAAUAUCAAAGAUGGGAUUCUUAUUCUUGGAGCAGGGUUUCCACCAAAUAUUGGUUCCCAUAUGCAUCUUGAUAAGUAUUUGUUGCAGCGCUACAGGAUUUUACUAUCAGACUCGGGGACUAAAACAUGGGAGGGCAAUUGUGGUUUCUACAUGUGCUGCGGUGGCAUCCAUUGUCACUGGUGUCCUUGCUGGCAUGCUCGCCCUGGGUGAAGAAUUGCCCUCAUCACCAACUGGUCGCCUUUUCCUUCUGCUGGGAUGGUUGCUAAUCAUCAUAGGUGUUAUUCUGCUCGUGAGUUCCUCACGACUGAUCCGACGCCUUACUUGGCUAUACCGGCGCUUUAAGCGAAGUGGUGUUGAUAGGAACUUUGGGCAUAGAUCUGGAUCAGCUGUCCGCUUAAGAGACUCAAGCCCAAGUGCAAUCAUUCAGACAACAACGUUGCAAAAUUUGUUGUCUUCAAAAGCAAAGGCUGACGCUUGAUGAAAAUCACGACGACAAGCAGAGAGUUCAUGUAUAGAAAAAUUACUAAUGUGGGAGAAGAGAAGACCAGGUAUGAUGAAACCGUAUAUACGGAUCUGAGUUGGAAUUUGGAAAUCACUUUCUCGUGGGUAUACUUUUUUAAUGUGAUUUUUGUUUUAGAUUAUACUUCCUUUGCUUAGGCACGACAUGCUGUGAAUUCCCAUUGGAUUUGAUUGUUUCAAUGUUUCAGACCAUUUCUUAAUAUUCAUUUUUUACCCGUUACAAUAAAUAUAUAAGUUUUGAAAAUGGAUGAUGCUGAUAUGAGUAAGCACUCUGGUUGCUUGGGUCAUUUUGUGUUA